GGAGAUGGGCGCAUAAGUUUUAGCUAAAAUUUUUAUAACAAGUUUUAAAUUGUCAGAAUUGUCAGUGCUCUACAAAUGGAUUACAUGGCUGAGGGAUCAUUUUGCCCUAAUUGUUAUGAACGAAAAAUAGAACUUGAACCUAUUCUUGGGUGAAUCCCAAAACAUUUGCGAUACUUCUUAUGAUGACCGGUUCCCAUCUCCAAUAGCAAGCUAUUCUGUGUUUGUUCGCUGUGAAUGGCACACAGCUGACUGUUACGCGAUUCGAAAAGAAGAAGAAUACCUGCGUUUUGUAUGGAAUUAUAGGUUUAUCUUUAUCGUUUUAAGUGAAAUGCUAAGAACUUUUGUGACGAGCGCGCUGCGAAGCGUUUGCUGGCAGUCGCCGGCUGCGUCUUCGUUGAUUCCUCUGGUGCAGCGGACACAACGUGCCACUUUGAUGACUCUAUCCCGUCCAUGCCUGUUGCCCACGCCAUCACUGGCAUCUCCUGCUCACCACCAACUCCUCCAGCUGCCAGGAGUGCUAGGAGCCACAGGAACACCAUCAAACACACGCAACGUAACCAAGUUCUCGCUGGUGAAGGGUAAACGAAAGACCGUCAAGGCGGUACUGAAACGUUUUAAGCGCCUGGACUGGGGCGCCUGGAUACGCACCCAUUCCGGUCGCCAAAAGAAGCUCUUCAAGAAAUCCGCAGCCUUACGACGCCGCCUAAAGCAGCACGUCUUCACCAAUGCCACCCAGAGCUGGCUGCUGGACAAGAUGGUCACCAGCUAUUGGCGGCGCCCAAAGCAUUUCAUCAACGAUCCCUAUAAGCCCUAUCACAGCCGCAACGAGUACUAUGCCACACAGUCAAAGACCUUUAAGGUGUGACCUGGCUAAUCAAAGAUAAUACAUAGUUUAUAGUUUAUCCAUUGAAAACUACAAAAUCUAUUAAAUGCCAUUGUUUCACUAACAACA